AUGACUAUUGAGAAGCAUUGUUAUGGUGGUAAAGAUGAUACUGGAGGCACGAAAGCAAAAGUUGUAGGCAUGAAUACUAGUGUUGUCCCAAAAAUUGAUGUUGAGUUUUGUAGGGAGCGCAAAAGGGAUUUAAUUGGGAAUGCUAGAGCUUUGGGAAGAUCAAGAAUUGCUUGCAAUAGGGCUAAGAGAACUAUAUAUUCUACUGCUCAAACCACUACUGAAGUGGAUUCCUUGUUUAAGGGAAUAGAAUCUUAUGCUAUUAUUACUUGGGCUCGAUUUGAGGAGUUAUGCUUGAGCAUGUUGUUUAAGAGUAUGGAACCUGUGGGGAAGUGUUUGAAUGAGGCCAAGGUAGAUAAUGUUCACAUUCAGGAAAUGGUUCUCGUUAGCAGAUCAUCUAGACUUCCAAUAAUUCAACAUCUCUUGAUGAAUUACAUCGAUGAGAAGAAGCUCUACGCGAGUAUAAAUCUGGAUGAUGAUGCGACUUGUGGUGCAGCAGUUCUAGACACAAUUCUGAUUGGUAAUGGAGAUGAAAAUGUCCAAGAAUUGCUAGUGAGGAAAUAUUUGAAUUGGUGUGUGUUUACAGGUAAGAGGGAAGCUGAGAAUGAAAUUGACAAGUUAUUGAGUAGAAAGUGGCAGAAGAAACAUGAGAAAAACAAGAGCUAUACAAAGAAGAAGAAUAAACAAGAAACCAGUUCCUCUGUCUAUUGA